GACACGCCUCUUUGGUGACGUAAGCGAUAACGCGGAAGGAGCCGAGCUCCCACAUGGUCAAGAUGUCUGCAAAUGUGGAAAAACAACAAGGCCACAGACCUGGCACAUACAAACAAAAAAAUAAAGGACAUAAACAUGGAAAACACCGAACCAAAGGUGAAAUUGAAAGAGAAAACAAAGGGAGAGUGUCUGUAACCACCCUUACAAAAAAACAGAGGAAAGAGAUAAGGAAGAUGGACAGAAGACACAAAGCUAACCAGCUACGCAGAAACAAGAAGGACAUGGUCCUGACAGAAAAGCGGCGGCUGGGCAGCAGGGACGGCCCUCCUCACUUGGUUGCUGUUGUGUCCCUACAUGCCGGAGCUGACACUGGGGCUGUUACCAGGCUCCUACGGGGAGAGGGUGCUGGAGGGGUUGUGCAUCGGGAGGGCAUCAUCACUGGUGUCAAGGAUAGCUUUGGACUGAUUCUGCCUCGUUUUAAACAAAGGUUCAUCUUUCUGAAUCAGAGCACAGAUGACAUGCACUCCCUGCUGGAUGUGGCAAAGAUUGCAGACAGCCUUGUGUUUGUUCUGGACUGUACUGAAGCUUGGGACAGCUACGGAGAACAUUGUCUCUCAUGCCUGUUUGCCCAGGGUCUCCCCAGCCACGCUCUGGUGUGUCAAGGUGUGUCUGACAUUCCUUUGAAGAAGAAAGUUGAGUCCAAAAGAGCUCUGUCGAAGAUCACAGAGGCCCGGUUCCCUGAUGCCCGUCUUUUCCCCCUGGACACUGAACAAGAUGCGACUCUUCUUCUAAGACAUUUAGGCUCUCAGAGACAGAGAAAGCUGGGUUUCCGUUCCAGGCGUUCCCACGUAUUGGCACAGCAUGUGACGUUUACACCCAACAGCCCGGCUGACGGGACCGGAGGUGGGCCCACUGGUCUGGGCACCCUCUGUGUUUCCGGGUAUGUCCGUGGCCGCCCCCUGCAGGUCGACAGACUGGUGCACAUCAGCGGACAUGGAGACUUUCAGCUCAGCCAGAUCGAUGCUCCGUCAGAUCCUCUUCCCCUCAACUUCCCAACCAGACCGGCAAAGCCUGGAAAAGGGGAUGUUGAGAUGCAGGAAGGCAAUGAAGAGGAGGCUCCAGUGCGGGUGCUUAUGAAAGCCGACCCCUCCUGCCGAGAGAAUCUGCAGGCAGAAGCCGAGGUGGACCCCAUGGAUGGAGAGCAGACCUGGCCGACAGAGUCAGAACUGCUGGAAGCUGAAGAGGCUCGAAAGAACAAACGUGUGAUGAAGGUCCCCAAGGGAACGUCAGACUACCAGGCCACGUGGAUUAUUGACGAAGAUGAGGAGAAUGGUGACAUUGAUGACGAUGACGAAAGCGAUGACGACGAUGACAUGAUGGAUGAUGCUGUGGAGGGAGAGGACGAGGAGAUUAACUCUCAGGAGCCGGGAUCAGGCUGUACUUCAGAAGUGGAUGAGGACGGAGAGGAUGAAGAGGAAGAGGAAGAAGUGUGCUCCACAGAGAGGACUGGUGCAGAACAGCGGUAUGAUGAGCACAUGGAUGAGGCGGCAGAAGAAGAGGAACUUAAACGCUACCGCGAAGCCCGAUCUCAUGAACUGUUUCCCGACGAGGUGGACACACCCCGGGACAUUGCUGCCAGAGUCAGGUAUCAACGCUUCAGGGGCCUCAAAAGUUUCCGCUCCUCACCCUGGGACCCCAUGGAGAACUUGCCUCUCGACUAUUCACGCAUCUUCCAGUUCCAGAGCUUUGAGCGCACUCGUCGUCGCAUCCUUGCAGAAGCCGCAGCAGAGGACGAAGGGGCCAUGAAUGGCUGGUAUGUCACCCUGCACGUCCUUGACGUGCCUUCCUCAGUGAUGGAGAGCGUCCAGUCUGGCAAACCUCUGGUAUUGGUAUCUCUCCUGCCUCAUGAGCAGAAGAUGUCAGUGAUGCACGUCCUGGUGCGGAGACACCCCAGCAACACAGAGCCAAUCAAAUCGAAAGAGGAGCUUGUGUUCCACUGCGGAUUUCGGAGAUUUCGGGCCAGCCCAAUAUUCUCUCAGCACACAGCAGCUGACAAGCACAAGAUGGAGCGCUUCCUUCAGCUGGAUGCCCCCACUGUGGUGUCAAUAUAUGCUCCCAUUACUUUCCCCCCCUCAGGAGUGCUGCUAUUCAAGCAAAGGAACGAUGGCAUUCAGGAUCUGGUGGCAACAGGUAAUCUGCUCAGUUGUGACCCUCAGCGUGUUGUGCUGAAGCGGAUUGUGCUCAGCGGGCACCCGUUCAAAAUUAACAGGCGCUCGGCAGUUGUCCGUUACAUGUUCUUUAAUAGAGAUGACAUCAUGUGGUUCAAACCAGUGGAGCUGCGGACCAAAUGGGGAAGGAGGGGUCACAUCAAGGAGGCUUUAGGAACACACGGUCACAUGAAGUGUGUUUUUGAUAAUCAGCUACGCUCCCAAGACACAGUCCUGAUGAAUUUGUACAAGAGGGUGUAUCCUCGCUGGACAUAUGACCCGUACGUGCCCUCAUCUUUACCCUGGUUCAAGAGAGAGGCCACUGUGAACAUGGAUGACGUAGACAUGGAGUAGUUAGGGAAGAUGAAAGGAUGAAAGACAUGUGCAAACAUCAAAAUUAUUACAUGACACCUUCAAAAUGUGUAAUAUGUAUUUAAUAAAGCAUCCACAAGUCUGAAGCCUGU